UGUUUGCUUCCUGACCCCUUAGAUGAAGAUGCCCAAAGCAUUUUGGAGUCACACUGCUCAAGGAUUUGGGCCGCAGAAAAAAAGAAGAUAAAUGAAGGGGAUGAAAAGGGAGAUGAUGAAGAGGAAAAGAAAAGAAAUGAUAGAAAAGAGGAAAACAAUUCGAAAUUUUUCAAGCGUUCACCAGUGGCACCUAUACAGAAACUCCCACAUAUGCAAGCACUAACACACUUGACGACACCGACUCCCCAACUAUUUUCUUUGAACCGGCAGAACGUUCCGCCCUCUGAUCCUGCCCACCUCUCCUAUUCCAAUCAAAAUCAAACAGACGUACCCCACCAGUCAGCGCGAAUUUCCAACUCAAUUCGGCAUCGAGUAUUCACCACCGAAGACCAGCAGGGCUUGACAACCAUGCAGUACGUCCCAGAAAUGAUAGCCUCCUCACCUUGUGUCGGCAAGAUGAUGCCGAACCUUGUCACAACGUCGGCGGUGGCAGAUGAGCUAAGACCGCAUACGAAACGCAUGCCUCUAGAUAGCCUAAUACAUCCCCCUCCUCUUUCUACCACAUGUGCUGGUGCUUGCACAACAGAAGCAUCGCAGUGCUUCCUCCCGGCUGCAGUUAAAGAAUGCACAAGAGGUCCUGACGGGAACUUUCAGCCUGACUUUUGCAACUUUACUAUUCGGUCGACUGAUAGUAAUAUGGCAGUGACUUCUGCAUCAUGUAUGACUACUUCAGCUACGGCCUCCACACACUCAGAACAGCUGACCACCUAUUAUCGUCACCAAGUGCCCCAUCUCUCAAACAUAACGUUUAAGCAAAGAAGCUUGUAA